CCCAGAGAGAGUAGGAUUAACAGAGGUCCCGCUCCUGUCCUCCCCAGGAGGCAGCCCUUGCCUCUACCCUUCUGAGGCAGGAGAGGGCACCUCUGCAGGUCUGAAAAAGAAGGGGAGGUAAGAACGAUAUCGUCACACUGGGAGGACCAGUACGGGCAUACCUGUAGCUCCUGGGGUCCCACUGGGUCUGAGGGCGACUUUUCACCUUUUCGGAGGAAAAGAUGUGUUGGAAGACGUUGCUGCUUCUGCUGUUGUAUUAUGACGCUCAGGCCACUCUGUCGCACAGGUGGAGCAGGGCCGUGCUCUUCCCUGCCGCCCACCGGCCAAAGAGAUCCUCGUCGGUGCCCUUGAACCCCGUCCUGCAGAGCUCCCUGGAGGAAGUAGAGCUGCUCUAUGAGUUCCUUCUGGCUGAACUUGAGAUCAGCCCUGACCUGAAGAUCUCCAUCAAGGACGAGGAGCUCUCCUCCUUGCGGAAGGCCUCGGACUUCCGCGCCAUCUGCAAUGAUGUGAUCCCCAAGAGCAUCCCAGACAUCCGGCGGCUGAGCGCCAGCCUCUCCAACCACCCAGGCACCCUCAAGAAAGAGGACUUCGAAAGGACAGCGCUGACCCUGGCCUACACAGCCUACCGCACAGCCUCGUCCCAAGGGCAUCAGAAGGAUAUCUGGGCCCAGUCCCUCCUUAGCCUUUUCCAUGCCUUGAGGCAUGACUUAAUGCGGUCCUCAUGUCCCAGAGCAUCUCCCUGAGAGACUGGCUGGCACCAGGACCGGGGAGCAGGGACCAGCACACAGUAAUCCAGAAAUUCUUCAUUCUCUACUCCAUUUACAGAGACCAGCCACAAAACACAUACUACCAACUCAGAGCAGCAAAGAUAAAACAAGAAACACCGAUGCUCUUUGCCCCUUGUAACUUCUUGACAAGCAUAAGAUUGUGAUUCCUAUCAUAAUGUGACCUGGGCUGGAAAAAAGGGCUGGAAUGGUAAUUCAAGAUGCCUCCAGAGGCUGAAUGUUUUGCCUGGUGAAUUGCAGGAGUCUAAGAUAUGCUUUAACAUUGAGUGACUGUAACACAAACACCCAAGAGUGAGGACAGAGCCAGGAGAGACAUAACAGAAGUCUGGGCAUGGCGGGAAAGUGGGGGACAGAUUUCUUUGGUCCUAAGAGAUCACGGUGCUGGAUUGAAUGAACACCUUUCCAAAGUUCUGUAGUAAGAUAUAAAGAAACUAGAGCUAUAGCCAAAUAAAUACAUUGUUAACCAAGGAUAUACUUCUCAACUUUUCCAAAAGUCCCCAAAAAGAAUCAGUCAGAAAAUCAGUUAUGACCUAUAUAUCUAGACUCUUCUUUCCUGAAGCCUCGUCUAAUGUAGAGGACAAACAUGAAGGGGGCCAACAGAAAUGCUACUGUCAUGCCUUGCCUUUUGAACAGAGAAACCAAGCUAAUGCAGAGAGGGUCAUCCUAACAAAAGAGGUGGCACCAGUGCCACGGCCUGCCUAUCCUAAUGCUAAAAUUAUUGAGCAUUAUCAGAGAAUUAAGUGCUCCAAACAAAAAUGAUUUUCAGAUGACAGAAUUUUACCCUUUCAAACGCCAAAACUUUCAUUUUAGCAAUAUUGACUGGAUAUAUAUGAAAGCCAGUAAGGUUGAAUUUAGUAUAUUGGAAACAUUCUAAUGAAGGAGUUAGAUGAGAUCAUCUCUAAGAUUCCUCUACUUCUGAAAUGUUCACAAGCAUUUAACUAACUGUGAGAUAUUACAGGGAGGACACCUGGACCUGAGAUGUCUCUGCUGGACUGUUUGUAUCAACCCUGAAAGGUCCCAGGCUUUCUUUCUUUUUUUUUUCUUUUUGCGGUACGCAGGUCUCUCACCGCUGUGGCCUCUCCCGCUGCGGAGCACAGGCUCCGGACGCGCAGGCUCAGUGGCCAUGGCUCACGGGCCCAGCCGCCCCGCGGCACGUGGGAUCCUCCCGGACCGGGGCACAAACCCGUGUCCACUGCAUCGGCAGGCAGACUCUCAACCACUGCGCCACCAGGGAAGCCCAGUCCCAGGCUUUCUUAACUCUGAAUCUGGUGUGAGUUUUUCUGUUGCCUUCCUCACUGUCAGGCGAUAAAAGUAGCAUUUUCUUUGCUACCAACAUAACUCGCCCUUUGCAAUUUGUUCUUUCUUACUGGGCAUCGCCUGAAAAAUAAGAUAGCAAGUCUUGUUAUAAUUCCACAUUAAAUAAGAGUUAAUAGAUGAAGGUCCCUGCUAGGAGUAAAGCACCUGGGUCCUAAUAAAGAUUCCUCACCAGCUCAGAGAUCUUUCCAGCUUCUCCGAGGUUUACAGCUGGGUUCUGGAGGCUAAAGCUGCAGGAAGUCUGAUCUUUGAAUAAACAAGGAUUCACUGGGCUAAAUUUUUUAUUCUGAAAU